AUGAGCCCAUCGAUCCUAGUGUCCACUACACCAGCUGGUGUCACUACCAUAACCAUCACGCGCCCGCACCGCCGCAAUGCCGUGAACCCGUCGACGGCGCGUGAUCUGUACGACGCCUUUAUCGACUUUGAACAAGAUCCGGCGCAGAAAGUGGCCAUUCUGACCGGCGCAGACGGCGCCUUCUGCGCCGGUGCUGACCUGGUCGAUCUGACCACACAGAACCAAGGAAAUCCGGCUUCGUCUGACCCCAGAGACAGGAAUCAGAACCAUCUCCAACCGGUCCACGGUAGGAACUGCGGCCCAAUGGGUCCUUCCAGGCUGCAAGUCCGGAAGCCCGUGAUUGCCGCCGUCGCUGGGCACGCCGUCGCCGGCGGACUAGAACUCAGCUUGCUGGCGGACAUGCGGGUGGCCGAAGAGGACGCGGUCUUUGGAGUCUACUGUCGCCGCUGGGGCGUUCCGCUCAUCGAUGGCGGCACGGUACGUCUGCAGGCGAUCGUGGGACUCGGUCGUGCGCUGGAUAUGAUCUUGACCGGGCGGCCGGUGCCUGCUCAGGAAGCCCUGAGCAUCGGUCUCGCCAAUCGGGUGGUUCCCAAGGGCAAGGCUCUCGAAGAAGCCAACAAGAUCGCCGAGCAGCUUCUAAAGUUCCCCAAUGCUUGCAUGAAUGUCGAUAGGAACUCGUGCUAUUACGCCGCGUACAAUGCUUCGAGUUUCGAGGAUGCCAUGCAACAUGAGUUUGAGCAGGGUAUCCAGGUUUUGGAGAAGGAGAGUUUUCAGGGCGCAGCGAGGUUUGCUGGAGGCUUGGGGAGACAUGGAGGAUUCGAGAAACUGUGA